UUAAUAGAAAAAAAGUUGAGUCAAAAAUAUCAAAUUGACCCGUUCUUUUUUCCUUGAAUGUUCUGUAGAAUUGCUUUCUCAAUUCUCGUUGACUAUCCAACAACAACAACAACCACUAGCUUCGACCAAUAAUCGAUCUUCAAUUCAACUGAAUUAGGUUUUCCUUUUCCUUUCUUCCAAUUAUGUCCUCCAAUUCCCACAGACCUGGUUCUUCAUACGGCGGCGCCGCCCCUUUCCGAUCGAAAGAUGGACUUAGUACCCGACCCGGUGCUGCUUCCGAAGAGAUCCAAUUGCGUAUUGAUCCAAUGGACUUGGAUGAUGAAUUAACUGGUCUUCAUCGCCAAGUUAGAAGGUUGAGAAAUGUUGCUGAGGAGAUUGGGACAGAAAUGAAGUAUCAGAAAGAUUUUCUGGAACAGCUGCAAACGACAAUGAUAAAGGCUCAAGCUGGAGUGAAGAAUAAUUUAAGAAGAUUGAACAAGAGCAUCAUCCAAAGUGGUUCAAACCAUAUUGUCCAUGUUAUUGUUUUUGCAUUAGUCUGUUUCUUUGUAGUGUACUUUUGGUCCAAAAUGUCCAGAAAAUGAGUACUUGAGAAUAUAUUGUCAUCUCUCUAGCCAAAAUACUAUACUUACAGCCAAAUUGGAUGACUCGUAUGACACAUGAUUUUGUAGCUUUGUUGUAAAGAGAAAGUUUCAAAAUCCUUUGAAGGCUCUUAAAUGUAUACACGACUUUUGAAUGAUUGUUAUUGAAUAUAUAGCAUAGUUAAAGCAACUACUCUAUUUGAAAUUA